AGUAUCAUGCAUCGUUCGCAGGACUAAUAUGAUACUUUAAAAAAGGAUUUACACUGUUGGUUAGCUACCAUAGCUGUCUCUCUGACAUGAUCGCCAGCCCAGGUGUUGCCAGAUUACGACAGAUUUCCCGCCCAAUCUGGCAACACUCUCAGCAACGCGCUGCAGCCAGUGUUGCCACCAAGAUUGGGCGGGAAAUCUGUCCUAUCUGGCAACACAGUGCUUGAGGUUAGUAUACUAGGGGAGUUGGAGGAAGGGGUUUGGUGUCUCAUCUGUUGGUCUCAACUGGCUAUAGGUUUGAAGGAUGCGGCGGGUUGAGCCUGCUGCCCAAGCCUUCCAGGCCCCCGUAGACGUCCACGCCAGCGCCGACGGCCAGGUGUACAUGUUCAGGAGACAGCGAGCAGAGCCCGACUCCUCAGAGGAGGAGCAGUGCGAGGACCUGAACGUCAUUGAGCUCAGCCCUCUGGUCCACUCUGAGCAGGACCGACUGGACCGCGUUCAGCUGCUGGAGCGAGAGCUGCAGGAGGGGGACAAUCUCAACAAGCUGGCGCUGCAAUACGGUGUAAAGGUGGCUGACAUCAAGCGUGUGAACGGCCUUUUCCACGAUCAAGAUUUGUUCGCUUUGAAAUCCAUCAAGAUCCCAGUUCCAAAGCACAGCUUCCUAACGGAGGCCUGCACAGACCUGAGCGGCCCUCAGAGAGCAACCCAGAGUCCUCCGCCCGCAGCCUCACCGCCCCAUCAGGACGGCAAGGCCCGGGCUUCACCCCGUCUACAGGAGGUCUCGGACUUCUUCAAAGACGUGGACCACGACAUCGAGAAGCUGAUCCAGAGCAGCGACCACCGCGGGGACAUUUUCCCCCAUCCCGCGUCGGAUCUGUCUGCGAGGUCGGGGGUCGGCGGGCGGCGCGUGGCGGCGGCGGGCCAGGGCGGGGCCUGGGGCCUCCAGUGGUGGAACCUGGUGGUCGCCAUGCUGCUGAUCGGUGUCGUCCUGCCCAUCUUCUACGCUGUUUAUCUAAAGACCAAAGCAAGCGGUGAGGGACACGAGACGAGCGGCGUGGCGAACAUGUCCGCGGGAAGCACCGGGUCUGGUCUCGGGGUCACGGGGUCCACUCUCGGGGCCACGGUCCAGUCUCGGGGACACUGGUCUCCCUUGGUCUCUUAGGAGGAAGGGUAACGUGGCUGUAGCUAGGGAUGGGGCCUCGAAACGUGGUAUUAUACCAGCAGCGGAGUAUAAACUACUAAAGAUCGUGGUAAUCGAUAAGCUCAGACGUUAUCGGUUCUGCUCUCGGUUCUCAAGAUAUUAAGAAAAUAGAUUAUUGAUUUUUUUCUCAACAACUCUGUUUCUAUUAGGCAUUAUGAUUUAAACAUUUGUCUAUGAUGCAUUUUUUCUUUUCCCAAUCCAAAAGAGAUCUCUCUCUCGGAGCACCUGUUUGAGCCAGGACGGGGCAGCUAGCCUGUAGCUUGUCGCUACACACAACAACAACCUGUGGCACGCACACUAACACGCAAACAGAAGACAAUGAGGGAAAUAAGUCUUUUCAGGUAAGAGCGUAAAACACAAGCAAUAUGCAGAACAUUUAGUGAAAGUUUCCCUCGUACAGGCAGAGAAAUGCAGUUUUAAAAAUGAGUUAAAUUAAUGAUGCAUUAAUGAUUAAUCAUAAUUAGCACGAUUAUUGUUUAUCUAUGGUGGCAUUCAUCACUUAUAUCUGAAGUGCUCAAACUAUUAAUACGGCACAGUUAAAUACAGUCAAUAGAAAAUCCUGCAUUAUAUUUAUUAGUGUUAAAUUUCGAUCCGAAACAACGGGUUAGGUUAUUUAUUGUUGUCAUGUGACAUUAACAGCACAAUGUACCUACAUUUACAUCUUGAAGUUGGAUUUUGUAAAUUGUAUCUAACGCUGAAUAGUUUGAUUAAUCAUAUUUUUUCUAUUAUAUUUUGAGAAUAAAUUCGAUGACUCAGUCAAAAAAAUAACCGAUAUGAGUACCGUUAAAGUACCGCAUCGAUGAGCAGUAUCGAUAAGAGUCGUAGUACCGUUAAACCCGUGCCGAUAUAGAGGUAGAGAAGCUCCUCCAGAGACGGACACUACCAGUGCAUUACCAGCGUGUGCGUUCAGUCAGUGACACAAGGGGUCAAGAUGAGAUGACUUAUGGAAGGAAGCUAUCACUGCCUCACCGUGUCUUGCGUCUCAAUGGGUCUGUGUCGAUCAUGGUGUGUUGGCAGCCUGUUGCUGCAACAAUAAGCUACUGACGUGUUUUUGAAUGUAUGUUUUACAGUUGCAAUAUUUGUGCCUUACGGAUUUUUCAUACUGUACUUUUCUGCACUGCCAACUGUGUCUUGUUUUAACAAAGUACAUGCAAAUUUGUCCUUGCAAGUGAUUUAAGAAUUAAAUAGGAUAAGCAUAACAUUUCGUAACAAUUAAUGAAUGUAUUUGGGUGCGGAUGGGGAGCCAUGUUUUUUAAAGUGCCUUAAACCUUUUAAACACAUAUUUAAAUAAUUGUAUUAAUAAGAAGGGUAUAAUUUACUAAUACUUUUAAUUUUUGCAAUAUUAAUGUAAUCUAAUAUUACUCACCUGAAGUACUGUACAUUUUUAAUUGGAAUUUAAUUAAUAUUUAUUUAUGAGUUGUAUAUUUUUUUUACCUUUUUGUUCUUUCAUUGUUUUGUUUUUUUCAGCAAGUGGCACUUUUAUCAUAAUCUUUACAGUGCCACUACUCGCCAUUAGAUGGCAGCAAAUACAUUGCAGGUAACAGUUUUAGCUGGACAUCGCAUCGAUAGGCAUAAAGCCCCGUGCCCACUACAUGCGUCCGUCGACUGAUCCCCAUUGACUUUCAAUGGGGACGGACGCGCAAUGCAUUGUGGAUCCGUCCGUUCCGUUGGAGCCGUCGGCUCAGUCAUGGCUCAGUCAAAAAGUUGAAAAAUUUUCAACUUUUUCGGCAGUGACGGAUCCGUCAUCCAAUCAGAUCACGUAUGCAAAUGUAAGCACUGUGACGCGACUCGGGCUCUGACGAUACUGGAAAGCGGGAAAGCGGGUCAUCUUGCAUCGCAACAAGCAGGAAGUAGCGGGAAGAACCCGGCAAAGCGAUUUGAUUGGCUGAGGGAUGCCUCUGCAAAGACUACUCCCCCAUCAGUCAGCCACGCCUUCCCACAUCAGUCAACGGACGCAUGUAGUGGGCACGGGGCAUACAUCAAAUCUGAAGAUUGAGAUCAAACCACCCAUCAUAGAUUGUGAAUGAUAUCUUGAAAAAUACAGGUGGCUUAUUAAAGGUUUAGUUCUUUGUAGCAAAGGUCCAUUUGUAACACAGCCCCUAAGGGCUGCCACUUAGUUGACGUGAUGAAUUGAGCAGGUGGCUUAUAAAAGUUGUGUCCUUUUGUAGCAAAGGUCCAUUGCUACACACCAUUUAGAUGUCUGCAAUACUUUCUCAAUAUGCAACAGGUACGCAGCCUCACUCAGCCGCAGAGUCCAAUCAGUAUGACUUGGUUCAUGUAAGGCUGCUAAAUCAGCCAUCCACCACGCACACUCUGCACACUUUUCAAUUUACUAUAUUUUGAUGAUCACAAUCAAAAGCAAGGACAAUCCCUUGAGUGACUGAAGACGUGUUGAAUACGCCGACCAGUGUCAUGUGCUUGGAUAUAAUAAAUGGGUUCCUCUUGUUUUUGACAUAUUCUUAGAUUUGGAUGUUGCUUUAGUCUAUCAUUGUUAUUAAUGAGACUGAUAUAACAACACGUGUAAACUUAAUUAUAGUACAAAGAAACUAAAACAUACCUUAAAGAACAAAAUCUGGAUGUUUAAACAAAGGCGUUAGUUCGGUAUCCAGAUUUUGCAUUUGUACUUGUUAGCAGUGCUUGGGAGUGCAAACCAGAGGCGUGUUUCUAAACAGACGUGUCAGGCCCGGAUGAUCAGGUGGUUUGUUGAAAGAAGCCAGCAGCAUAUCUCCUGGCUCCUUCCAGAAACCACCAACACCAGCGCCCCCCUCCCCCCUACACAUCUCUCUCUGUAGAGGGGCACUCUGUAACGGAGGGUUAUAAACAGCCCUGUACCUGGCAGAGCGGGCGUUGGCGAGGCUCAGCCGAGGUAUGUGUGCACAGGGUUAAAACCUCGCUUAACUCUGCAUUAGCUGAUGCCCCCACGCACCAACUCGGCGUCCGAUCCCUCAAAGACUGAUGCAAUCCACAUUCUUGUUGAAAUAAAAUAAAUGCUUUGCAUUGUUAACUACUAACAGAAUGACUGUCAGGAAGAUGUAGGGCAGAAGGUAUGGUUUAGAUCAGGGGUCUCAAACUCGCGGCCCGGGGUCCAAUUGAGGCCCGUGGGAUGAUAUUUUGUGGCCCCCUACUUGACAUCAAAGUUUAGUGUUAGUGCGGCCCGCGCGUUGUUUUCAAACGCACAGAGUGGCUUGCCACGCUUUUUUAUCACUUGUGAUAGGGUGACCAGAUGUCCCGGUUUAGCCAGGACAGUCCCAAUUUUGAGUUGCGUGUCCUGAGUCCCAACAAAAGCCAAAGGACGCUAAAAUGUCCCGGUUUCCACCAACCACUAUGAAAUGUCCCCUGUUCUCAGCGAUUACAUAGCCAACGUGAUCUAAUUAUAGCCCAAUCAUUAACUUUGAUUGGGUCAGUUGUGCUCCUUUUUUUUGUGGAAUACUUGAUGCGGCCCAGCCUGACCCAGACUCUACCUCCAGCGGCCCCCAGGUAAGUUGAGUUU